AGCCGUUACCGCACUGGCGGUCUCACAAGUCACUCGACCUUUUCGCAGACAAGCACGUCCAUCCUUUUCCACUCUCGCUUGACGCUCUUCUCGCACCUCGUCAUCCAUCGGCACGCACACCUGCCUAUAUUAGACCUUCUGCCAUCCUCCCCGGAUCCUGGUCCGCUUUUUCUGCUACAUCCUGGCCGGCCACCCGUAGUAUAAACAGAAGCACAUCUCUCACCCCUCUACGUCCUCUCCCUUUCUGAGCCUUUAUUCUGUCCCUAUACUGUCCCUGGCCACUUCUGCUGCAUUAGCCACCAUGUCUGAAGGCGAUACACAACCUCCAAAGCCCGUUGUGGCCGAAGCCCACCAAGUCGACACCUUCCAUGUCCCCAAACCCUUCUUCCAGAAAGGCCCUGGAAAGGCCCACAUCAAGGAUCUCGAUGAAUACUGGGCCAUGUACAAGGAGUCGAUUGAACAGCCGGAUAAGUUCUGGGGAAAGAUGGCUCGAGAGCUUCUGUCGUGGCAGCAAGACUUCCAGACAGUGCGCUCCGGUACCCUGACAAACGGUGACAGUGCUUGGUUUCUGGAGGGUCGAUUGAACGCUUGCUACAACUGCGUCGACCGUCACGCCAUCAAGAACCCAGACAAGCCGGCCAUCAUCUACGAGGCGGAUGAGCCGGGCGAGGGCCGUGUCCUUACUUACGGCGAGCUGCUGCGCGAGGUCUCCCGGGUUGCUUACACUCUCAAACAAAUGGGCGUGAAAAAGGGGGACACUGUGGCCAUCUACCUGCCCAUGAUUCCAGAAGCCUUAAUCUCUUUCCUGGCCAUCACCCGUAUUGGCGCCGUUCAUUCCGUCGUCUUCGCCGGGUUCUCUUCUGGCUCAUUGGCCGACCGUAUCAUCGACGCGGAAAGCAAGGUCGUCAUUACCACAGACGAGGGGAAACGUGGUGGUAAGCUGAUCGGCACGAAGAAGAUUGUCGAUGAGGCGCUCAAGAAAUGCCCCGACGUCACUCGUGUCUUGGUUUACAAGAGGACUGGCGCAGACGUGCCCUGGACCAAAGGCCGAGACUUCUGGUGGCACGAGGAGGUUGAGAAGUACCCGAACUACAUUGCACCAGAGUCGAUGAACUCGGAAGAUCCACUGUUCUUACUCUACACCUCUGGUUCGACAGGUAAACCCAAAGGUGUCAUGCACUCAACAGCGGGAUACCUCCUAGGAGCAGCAGCAACCGGGAAAUACGUAUUUGACAUCCACGAUGACGACGUCUUCUUCUGCGGUGGUGAUGUGGGUUGGAUCACAGGACACACAUACGUUGUGUAUGCUCCGCUACUACUCGGUGUCGCAACCGUCGUCUUCGAGGGUACCCCUGCCUACCCGAACUUCUCCCGCUACUGGGACGUCAUCGACAAGCACAACGUCACCCAAUUCUAUGUCGCGCCAACUGCGCUGCGUCUAUUGAAGAGGGCUGGUGACGAGCACAUUCACCACAAAAUGCAUAAAUUGCGAGUCUUGGGCUCGGUCGGUGAGCCCAUUGCCGCCGAAGUCUGGAAGUGGUAUUUCGAAUCCGUCGGUAAAGAGGAGGCACACAUUGUUGAUACAUACUGGCAAACUGAGACUGGCUCACAUGUCAUCACACCUCUCGCCGGUGUUACACCCACCAAGCCUGGUUCUGCUUCCCUGCCGUUCUUCGGUAUUGAGCCAGCCAUCAUCGAUCCCGUCUCUGGUGAGGAGAUUGAGGGCAACGAUGUCGAGGGUGUGUUGGCAUUCAAGCAAGCUUGGCCGAGUAUGGCACGCACAGUAUGGGGUGCUCACAAGCGAUAUAUGGACACAUACCUGAAUGUGUACAAGGGCUACUAUUUUACUGGCGAUGGCGCCGGCCGCGACCACGAGGGAUACUAUUGGAUCCGUGGACGUGUCGACGAUGUCGUCAAUGUCUCCGGACAUCGUUUGUCAACUGCCGAGAUUGAAGCUGCCUUGAUCGAGCAUGACGGUGUCGCUGAAGCUGCAGUCGUUGGCAUCAACGAUGAACUUACCGGUCAGGCUGUCAAUGCCUUUGUGUCACUCAAAGAUGGUGUCGACCCAGGUGAAAGCACCCGCAAGGACCUGGUCCUGCAAGUGCGUAAGCAGAUUGGUCCGUUCGCGGCACCCAAGGCUAUCUUCAUCGUCGAUGAUCUGCCCAAGACCCGAUCUGGUAAGAUCAUGAGGAGAAUCUUGAGAAAGAUCUUGAGUGGAGAGGAGGACAGCCUCGGAGAUACAUCGACGCUCAGCGACCCUGGCGUCGUUGACAGGAUUAUCGAAACUGUGAAGGCUUCCAAAAAGAAGUGAUCGGAGAUUAGAGCGCAAAUAGGAUCUUGUGUCGAUAUACCCUCGGUUAGCGAGAUGUUGGGGACCGAAAUCAUGUAACAAAUUUCGUAGGCGCGAAUUUAACAGGAUGUCACCACCGUA